AUGAAAAUAAUAAUUUUUUUUUAUUAGAGUUAGUAUAAUUUUUCCUAUUAAGAGCAAGCUUAAAGGAUAUAACAAUUAGUAGCCAUAUUCAUUUGCUAUAAUUUUGGCUGUAAAAAAAUUUUAUUAAAAUUCUUAAAAUAGAGUUACAAGGAAUAAUAAAUAUAUUUAGGAAAAUAUGAUAAAUUACCUUUUGAUAAAAAGGAAAAAAUGCUUUAAGUUCAUAAGGUGAGUUCAAAUUAAGUAAUCAACCCUUUUGAUAAAAAAUAAGAUAAAUAAAUAAAUAACAAUUGUUAAGAUUCCUAAAAAUUUUAAAAAUAAAAUUAAAAUUAAAACCUAAAUUAAACUUAGAUAAUUAAUUAAACCAUAAUAAAGACGUUAUUUGAAGAAGAAUUAUCUAAAUAAUAUUAGAGUAGUGAAUUUGAAGAAUUUAUAUAAGAUAAAUCUUACUAAAAUAAAUUUGAGAAAUUCACAUUUCAUAAUUAACAGUUAAAAUAAUCAAAUAGUAUAUCUCUUAGCAGGUAAAAAGAUUAUUUAAAUUAUUAAAAAUAUGUUUUUUUACCUCUACCUGAAAACAAAAAUAUGUAUCAUAAAUCUGAAAAAUUGAUAAAUAGCUAAAUAAGUUAGUAUUCUGAUUUAAAUUAAAUUAAAUCUUAAGUAUCCUAGCAAAAUAUUUAAGAAAAUUUCGUUACAUUUAAUCAAAUUAAUACAUCUCUACAGGUUUCUAAUUUUAGUAAGUUUACUAAAAAAUCAGUUGGAUUUUAUGAAUGUAAAAAUUAAUAAAAUUAGAAAUAAAUAAAUGAAAAAUAAAAGAUACUUAAAGGACUAAAACCAUUAUUUUUGGAAAUGAAAAUAAUCAAAAAUGUUUUUCAAAACUUAGAAAGACUCGUAAAUUAUAAAAUCGAAUCUUAAUACCAAAAUUCAUAAGACUAAAUGAACACUCUUUUUCAUUUUGCAAAAGCAAAAGAAACAUUUCAAUAGCUUAAAAAUUAAACAGGAUUGGGUAGAUGUUAUUUUAACUUGGGAAUUAUACAUCUUAUAAAAUAUGAUUACAAUCUAGCAUCUGAAUAUUUUGAAUCUGCUAUUUAAAUGAAUCUCGAAAUAAUAGGAAUAAAUCACGAAAAUUUAAUUAAUUAUAAAAUAAUAAAUCAAGAUAGUCAUCAAUCAGUUAAUCAUUUGAAUAAGCUUUCUCUUUGA